UCACAAUCAUGUUAUUCUCAUGACGUCUCCGUUCUAUUAUUAUAAUUUAUUCCGCGUACUUUUUUUUCAAGUUCGCCAGUGUCUGCUCUCUAGUCUCCAUUGUUGACGUCGUAACAUCGUUGGGCCUUGACGUCUGAACAUUUUUUGGUCGAUUUCAUUUGCCUAUUCCGUUCAACCGGCAUCCGUCGUUAGAUCGCCAGCGACACCUUCCCGUAGCUGAGUGGAAUUCCAAGAGACCAGUCGUUACCACAGGAGAAACGAACAUACGCAUGUCAAUCCAGAAUCUCAACGUAUUCGACCCGUUUGCUGAUGCAAUCAAGGGUGCAGACGAUGACGUUCAAGACGGGCUUGUUCACAUAAGAAUUCAACAGCGUAAUGGUCGUAAAACAUUAACAACGGUUCAAGGUUUAUCUUCAGAAUAUGAUUUAAAAAAGAUUGUACGCGCCUGCAAAAAGGAGUUUGCUUGCAACGGUACAGUAGUUGAACAUCCUGAAUACGGUGAAGUGUUACAAUUACAAGGGGACCAGCGAGAAAACAUUUGCCAAUGGUUAACUAAAUGUGGUCUUGCCAAGUCUGAUCAACUCAAGGUCCACGGUUUCUAAAGGAAACAAUUUAAACAUGCUACAAAAUACCUUUUUAAUGAAUUUUUAAUGUGACGAUUUUCAAAAACUCAGUCAAACAAAUAAUAAUAAAUUCAAAAUUCUCAAUUUCAUAACAUGUUUUAAUUAAUAAAUGUAAUAUUUAAUUCUAAAAAUUUUUCAAAUCAUUUAAUUUUCAGCAAUGUAGAUUUUUAUUAGCAUUAGUAUAUGUAUAUCAAUGCUACUGACAGAUUUAGAGAACAUUUUUUCUUUGUUUCCAUAAGUGUAAUAAGAAAAAAUAAUUAAUUUUGUAUUAUACUGGAAUCCACAUAUAUAAUUUGAUGAGGGUUUUAUAAACAUAAUUAUAUGUACCUAAAGUAUUUAAAAUUUGUCUUUUAUAAAUAUAUAUAUUUUUUCUUUCAUUUAUAAAUUAUGAUUAAUUUCCACAUGUUAUGUAAAAUGUAUUCAAAAUAUAAUAAUAUAUGCUCACAUUGCAAUCAAGUGCAGUAAGUUCUUGUUUAACAUUAUUUCAUUAAUAAAAUAAUAACAUUUAC